CCGGACGGUUGCUGGAUCGCAGCGCAAGGUUUAUUUGCGCGGAACUGUGCUGGUAGCUUCCCAAGCUUGCCCCUCUUUUUUUUUUACGCCCGGAUUCAGCGGCGACCGCAAUCCGCAAACUGGGCCGAUGGAGACGACGGGAGACGACUUGCGGGAACGCUUCUUCGGCUGGGGUCAAUCCGCCUGCUCAAUCCACUCGGUCAAUCAGCUCAAGCUCGUGCGCUCGCGUUGAGGAGCCCUUUUUGCUUAUGCGCCUGACGGUCAAUGGGCUGCGCGGCGGGGGGAAGAGGGGGGAUUGCGGGCUGCGCAGAGCUUCCUUGCCGUGGGCGAUUGGUCGGUGAACGAUCUGCAGGUCUAGCAGACGACGGCGAGAGAAGAAGAGGAGGGGGACUGGGACAGCAGAGCGCACGGAUGGGCGUCGAUUCCGCGACACUCUUGCGCCGAGGAAUAGGAAAUGGGUCGGCUGCAGCUCGCGAGCAGCGAGACGGAAGCUUAAUGCGUCGAGACGUCGAGACGCAGGAGUCGAGAAUCAGUGAGGCUUCGACGAGCUUGCGAUGGAAGUGUGCGGGAGAGACAGAGUGGCCGGGUUGCCGUUCGCGCGGGGGAUGUGUUCACGAUGACCAUGACAUGACUUUGGAAUGGAAGGGAGAGCCACGGUGCCAACACGGAAGCUCCCGCGCAUCUCUCUCUUAUCCUCUCCAACCUGAGCCCGUAAGCUGUGGUGGAGCAAGCUCGUGCUGUCGAGUCUCGUGCUGUCGAGUCUCGUGCUGGUACCGAUCUUCCUCUGACCACAGCCAUCUCGUGCUGUGCUGCUCGCAGCGGUCAAUCGGGGAGUGGACUGAGUACCUACCUACUCAGUGGAGGGUGUCGCUUGCUUCUAGGCCCUCCAGUGGCUCCCGUCAGUGGGUUUCUUGAAACAGCGCUGCUCAUAGCGAGCCGUCGGCCUACCAUGAGUCAACCGAAGGAUCGAGUCUCCGUUGUCUGUCCCGCAGUCGUACAGCGGGAUGCACAAAGUUUGCACCCAGUCUAAGUCUGUUAGGGCACGACAUAUCGCCCGUAUAAGGGUUAGGAUAAGAGUUAGAAUAAAGUAUUUAUUAGGAUCUUUAUUUUAUCCAAAAAGAAUGCAG